AAGUCACCUGCCUAAGUUUUCGGAUGUGACGGAGGGACGUCUUUUCAACGGUCGUUAAACGUCCAAAUGUUUGCUGGGCAGUAAACUGAAUCCAAAAGAGGUCUACAGAUUUGUGUUGGUGUGUUGCGCGGACGUCAUCUGCAUCCUCAGAGCCACUGCUUUCACUUCCAUCCACUUCACGAGUGAACGCUUCUGAGCACAAUUCUCUGUGACAAGAUCUCUAAACUUCAGCUGCUCGUCACGUGUGCAAGAUGGGAAGAUACUUACUUGGAAUACUUGCACUUUUGAAAAACUGCAUUUACAGUGAUGUGGUGAACUUUGAUGGAGACAUUAAGGACUUUGUAGUUGGUAACAGUACGUUGUUUGUUCUUACUGACCAUCGACUACAUCAGAUGAGACACGAUCUAUAUGAGGAGAAGACGAAAGACAUCACUAAUGCCAUUCACCAUAACAGAGUCAACAUUCUGGUGCCUUUUGAAGCGAACGGCACCCUGAUAACUUGUGGGACUUUUGAAGGAUAUUGUGAAGUUCUUGAUAUAAAUAACAUUACAAACAGUAUUUACUAUGAAAGUUAUAUAUUGGUAGGACCGAGACAGAAUGAGAAAUCUGUCGCCUUCAUAGCUGGUAGGUAUCUUUUAGUUGGGAAAAAGGACGACGACGAAACAGCUCAAGGUAACAGGUAUUCUGUUGUUAGCUUGUGGAACACUUUAGAGUCUCAACCAGGAAGGAUUUUCUCAAAACUAGCAGAAGUAUCAGAUGCCAGCAUUCAGAGCACAGUGAGAGAUGUGGUGUUUGUUGAUGGAUUCCAGAGAGUUUCGCCCUCAGAAUCCUACUUAUUUCUCAACACAAAGACUGACAAUGAGAGGAAAGUGCUCGUCCUGAGAAUGAACAGUGCUAAAGAAAAAAAGAUGGACAUCAUCAAAUCCCUACAGAGUGCGACGAUACAAUGCUGCAGUGAUAAAGUUCGUCCAGUGCUCGUCGCCUGCACCGUUAUUCCCUCAGUGAACGGUGUUAUUUGGGCAGCAGGUGUGUUCAGUGCAGAGAAUCAGCAGGAUCCGGAGAACAGCGCGGCUCUGUACGACAUCAGUAACGUUCAAGGCCGAGUGAAGGGCUUCUGCGCUUAUGGUGAAAAUCCAUGUGGUUCUGAGAGUGGUAGUGAACUUCAGCCGCUCUCUGUGGUGUUCAAGUACAGCUCAAUGUCAGCAGUGGCAGCAGUUAGAAUUGGAUCCUGGAUUGUGUUGUUCAUAGGAACCAGUGAUGGACAACUCAUAAAGCUAGUAUUGGAUGAGAAAUUCACACCAGGCUGUCCAACAGUGCUGUAUAAAUCUGAUGAUGAACGAGCAGUUCUUCCCAGAAUGCACUUUGAUCCAGUAGAUUACAAACAUAUCUACAUCGCUCUGAGGCAACAGUUAAGAAGAGUGUCCGUUGUUCAGUGUGGUAAUUACAGCACUCUGAAAGACUGCAGAGCUGCUCAGGAUCCUCUUUGCUGCUGGUGUGUGAACACUCACAGAUGUUCUACUCAAGAUGAAUGCUCAGAUACUUCAUGAGUGUCCAUC